CUCACGUCUGCAUCAAGCUUCAGAUACGUGCGUGUGUGCCUUAAGGUCGUCGUUGUUGGGUAUAUUUACGUUCCCACAUGUGUCGCUAAUCGUUAAGUAAACCAUAGUGCUGCUAGUGUAAAUUAGGAGAGAGAAAUUGUGUACCUCUGAUGUAAGUUACCUCGUCGAAUUUGUUGAUCUAAGGCUGCUUGGACAUCACUCCGCACGCAGUUUCAAAGUUCUGUACGACACAAGCACAUCAGAAGCGCACUUCAAGGCACUACUCAUUGUUGCAAGCAUGUCUGGGGAUGCAUCUGCAGAAGACGUCGAGCUUAGUGACGUCCUCAAGAAAGGGCUCCGUGCGAGCACAGACGCCAAUGCCUGCCCGGGCACCGUUGGCGACGUCUUAGCCGGUGCCCUAAGGUUGGAGUACAAGCCCGACCUCACAAUAGACGAAGCCAGAGUUCUGCGGCGAGCUUUCAGCACCGAGGGCUUCGUCAAGCACUUGAAGCUCUCUGGAUUGCCGUUGGACGUCUGCAAGGUUGUUCUGGAAGGCCUUGACGAGUCCUCGUCACUCGAGGAACUGGAACUAUUCAACAUUGAAAGCAACGACGAGGAUUUCACGCUGAACCUGUCAGGGAUCUUUGACAACCUUCGUGUGCUGCGCCUGUCAUGCAGCGAUAUUGACGACCAGUUCGCUAUGGACGUCGCGUUCUUCUUGCAAGACAACACUCGCUUGGAAGAGCUCAGCCUGUGCUACAGUGACAUCAGUGACGAUGGGGCCACUUCGCUCGCAGAGUCGCUCGCGAUAAAUAGCACGCUCAGAAAAGUAGUACUCGCCAACAACGCCCUCACCUCCCGCACCCUCAUCGCCUUCGCGGAGGCGCUCACCGUCAACACGACUAUCGAGAUGGUAGACAUCUUCGAAGUGGACAUGGAGGAGGAAGAUGUCGCAGUCCUGUUCCUGGACGGCAGGUAUGCGGACAUCUUCAAGAGAAUGUACAUCUUGUGGAAGGAGGACUUCCUUCCGCAGCUGACCAGGCUGCUACGGGAGGACAGACACUGCACAGACGUUUCCAUUGAAGUAACAAAUUCAGUGCCGGAAGGGCACCUGUUGGAGUUCUUCGACGCUGUUGCGAAUAACGUGACCGUGCGAACGCUGCACAUCAACCCAAGCGGGGACAAAGCUUUCGGAGCUCUCACCGAUGGUCUUGUGUCCGUCUUGGAGCGAACCACGACUCUCACUCGCAUUAAGAACUUGAUGUCCGUGGACAGGACCGACGAUACGCUGGUGAUCCGGGUACUGGACGCCCUGCGGGAUAACCGGUCGGUGACAACGCUCGCCAUGUGCGCGGAGCAGCUGACACCUCUGAUCGCAGCGUCCCUCUCGGAACUUCUGGCCACCAAUGACGUCUUGAACGACAUCAGCAUCUGCGACGACUUGGAAGUAAGGAGCGAAGAGCUCGUCGUCAUACUGGAGGGCCUCAGGAAGAACUACACGGUGACGCAUCUCAUGGUGGCGUGUGAUCCGGAUGAGGACGUUGAAGGUGUGUCUGAGAUGGCAGAGCUCCUGGACAGGAACGUGCGUCUUCUAGACAGAGCAGUCGAGUUUGUCAGAGCGGGAAGCAGUGGCAUCGAAGAUGAGGAAGGUGCAGAUGCUCUCAAAAAAGUGCACUGUAGCGCGUCCCUUGUUGAGAAGCUGCAAAAGUUCACCGGAAAGACGAAGGAAGAUGUGAUGGCUGAUAUAGAGGCCGCGCUUAGCGGUGCUCAGUGCUGAACUGUUCCAGACUCCAAUGUCAUUCGCUUGCCCUCAAGAUAUAUCAGCGCAGCUUACUAUGUAAAUAUGCUACUUACGGUGCAUGGGGAUCGCUAAAUAGUGCGCAAAAUUGGCAUUACUUUCGUAAUAAAUUAUGUGAAGUACAACCUUAUGCAAGAAGAAGCGUUUACACCUAUAUUUUUUCUUAAAUAUUAUGCACAUCCAAGGUGCUGCACUAUUUAAAGGCAAUAUUUGCUUUUAAAAAUCCCUCACUUGCAAGACACUGGCAGAAUAAAUGCUAUUCAAAGCAAA